AUGGAGAUGUCUUCAACAAAGAAUAGACUACUGGUUGUCGCCACCGCUGGCGGAAAACCAAACGCUGAACCACUCCUUGAGAUUGCAAAGAUUCUCAACACUCGCGGUUAUUCAAUCGAGUUCGCUACACUUGAAGGGCAGGAGAAAUGGGCGGACAAGUAUCCAUUUAUCUCCAAGGUCCAUAUCCUAGGGCCCGGAGUAGCUCCAGCGGUCCAAAGAGCGAGUUACGCCCGGAUGAUGGACUGGAAAGCGCCUCGUUUGUUCAAUGACUGCCAACCAUUGUUCGAUGCCAAAAUGUUUCUGGAAUCUUCUUGGCCUUCGGUUUAUUCUAGCCUCUCUGUCCUAAUGCAAGACAGAGAUGCGAGGCCAGAUUUCAUUCUCGCUGAUUAUCUGGUCGAUGCCGUUAUCGACAUGCAUGCGGAAUACCGCGUGCCCAUCGCAAUGCAUUGGCCGCAGAUGCCAACCGGCAUGCUACCAGCGAGCUACGUUCCAGGGAUUCCAGGCCUCCAAGUCGAUGUACUCUCAUCUGAGAACGCGACACUAUGGCAACGGUUGCAGAACGAGUUGGUGAAAAUCCACAUCCUCCCAUGGGUUAUAAAGUAUUAUUGGUGGCGGCGAAAGAUGAGGGCGAGGGCCGGAGUAACUCGAAGCCUUCCUAGUGGCCCUAAACCGAGCCAUUUGGUUCUGGUAAAUACUUUUUUUGCCGUGGAUACGCCCAAGGAUCUCCCGUCCAAUGUUGCACCUAUCGGGCCUAUCAUGCAAGACGAAUACCCUCAUCUUACAGAGCCUUGUCUGUCUUUUAUUGAAAAGCACAAGAAGAUCAUAUAUGUUGCGUUUGGCACUCAUAUUCUUCUCCAAGACAAGCUAUUCCGACAAAUUAUGGAUGGCCUAUUAGUCGUCCUGCAAAACCGCGUCGCCGAUGGAGUUAUCUGGUCAAUUGGCGGAACGCACCGCAAGCAUUUAGCGAACGGCUGCGACCGAAACAUGCUGUUUGUAAACUUUGCACCCCAGCGCGCCGUUCUCGCCCAUCCGCAUACGCGCGCUUUUAUCAGCCACGCCGGCCGCGCAAGCACCAACGAGGCCGUCUUUCAUGGCGUCCCCGUUGUUUCUGUAGCUAUCUACUUUGACCAGCUACAAAAUGCAAUGAGACUACAUGAUGCGGGGGUGGGCAUUCCACUAGACAAACACGACUUCAACGCAGAUGAUCUAGCGAAUGCGGUCACGCAAGUUGUGAAAGAUUCCUCAGGUGAUUUUCGCCAUAAUUGCUUACGGUUGAAAGCGAUUGCUCGAAUCGCGAGCAGACGUAAGCAUUCAGGUGCCGAUUUGAUUGAGGAGGUGCUUGCAGAUCAUGAAGGGCGGCAUGUCGACUCUGUCUGCAAGCGUCCUAUGCACCUGCAAACGGCAGAUGUGAGGAUGCCAGUUUGGAAAGCAAAGAAUUGGGACUUGUACGCUAUUGCUAUCGUGGCGUCAGGGCUUUUUGCUCUAUCAACCAGAGUGCUGGUCAAUUGGUUCUAUUAA